UGGAGCGCGAAAGGGAGGGGAUGUAGCAAAGGACAUAAAAGAAAAUUAAUAAAUCUAAAUCCUGAACAGAAGGAUUUUGUCUUUUCUCCCGAGGAGCUGCGAAUAACCCUCGGAGAAGGAUGGCAGAAGGGGGAGAGGGAGAGGAGGAGAUCCAGUUCAUGCGAACGGAUGACCAGAUUGUUCUGCAGUGCACUGCCUCUGUCAUGAAGGACCAGCAGAUCAAGCUCUGUCUGUCCUGCGAGGGCUUCGGGAACCGUCUCUGCUUCCUGGAAACCACAUCCAACGCUCAGAAUGAGCCCCCGGACCUGGCCAUAUGCAGCUUUGUUCUGGUGCAGUCCCUGUCGGUCCGCGCUCUGCAGGAAAUGCUGGCCAACAAGGUGGAAAUGACUGAGUCUUCCCAAGGUGGAGGUCAUCGUACCUUACUGUACGGUCACGCCAUCCUUCUGAGACACUACCACUCAAGCAUGUACCUGAGCUGUUUGACGACGUCUCGGUCUCUCACGGACAAGCUGGCCUUUGACGUGGGCUUACAAGAAGACGCCACUGGUGAGGCAUGUUGGUGGACCAUCCAUCCAGCCUCCAAGCAAAGGUCAGAAGGUGAAAAGGUCAGGGUGGGUGAUGACCUCAUCAUGGUCAGCGUGUCCUCUGAAAGAUACCUGCACCUGUCCUAUGCCAGUGGGGAUCUGAUGGUGGAUGCCUCCUUCAUGCAGACUCUAUGGAACAUGACUCCAUUCACUUCAGGAUGCGAACUUGCUGAGGGGUUUCUGACCGGAGGCCACGUUCUCCGGCUGUUCCACGGCCACAUGGACGAGUGUCUGGCCAUCGGUACUCCAGAGGAAGGAGAAGAAAAGCGCAGGAUGGCUCACUAUGAAGGCGGAGCUGUGUGCAGUCAGGCUCGUUCCCUGUGGAGGUUGGAGCCUCUCAGAAUCGGCUGGAGCGGUAGCCACAUGAAGUGGGGUCAGUCUUUCCGUAUUCGUCACAUCACAACAGGCCGGUACCUGUGUCAGGAUGAGGAUAAGGGUCUGUUGUUGGUGGUCGACCCAGAGAAGGCCAACACCAAACUCUCCGCCUUCUGCUUCCGUGCUACAAAGGAGAAGAUGGAGGUGGCUCAAAAGCGCGAUGUUGAGGGGAUGGGCAUUCCAGAGAUAAAAUACGGAGAGUCCAUGUGCUUUGUCACGCAUGUGUCCACAGGCCUGUGGCUCACAUAUGCCGCCCUGGAUGCCAAAUCGGCUCGUUUGGGGAUGAUGAAGAGAAAGGUCAUUCUGCACCAGGAGGGCCACAUGGACGAUGCCCUCACUGUGUCCCGCUCCCAAAUUGAAGAGUCUCAGGCUGCUCGAAUGAUUUUCAGUACAAUUGGCCUCUUCAGGCAGUUCAACAAGGGCUUGGAUGCUCUGAAUGGGAAGAACAAGUCACCAGGGGCUGUGUCUCUUCCUCUGGAGGGGGUCAUCCUCUCUCUUCAGGAUCUCAUCUUCUACUUCUGUCCUCCCGAGGAGGAACUGAAGCACGAGGAGAAGCAGACCAAACUUCGAUCACUUCGCAACCGGCAGAACCUCUUCCAAGAGGAGGGGAUGAUCACCAUCGUGCUGGAGUGCAUCGACCGCCUCAACGUGUACAACACGGCUGCCCACUUCUCUGAAUUUGCCGGGGAGGAAGCUGCAGAGUCCUGGAAGGAGAUUGUCAACCUUCUUUACGAGUUGCUGGCUUCUCUAAUCAGGGGGAACCGCUCCAAUUGUGCGUUGUUCUGCGACAACCUGGACUGGCUGGUCAGCAAGCUGGACCGUCUGGAGGCCGCCUCAGGUAUUCUUGAGGUGCUGUACUGUGUGCUAAUUGAAAGCCCUGAGGUUCUGAACAUCAUCCAGGAGAACCACAUCAAAUCCAUCAUCUCUCUCCUCGACAAGCAUGGGAGGAACCACAAGGUCCUGGAUGUUCUGCGCUCUCUUUGUGUGUGUAAUGGUGUCGCUGUGAGGUCCAACCAGAACCUCAUCACUGAAAACCUUCUGCCGUGCCGUGACCUCUUGCUGCAGACCAACAUUGUAAACUAUGUCACCAGUCUGAGACCCAACAUCUUCCUGGGUACAUGUGAGGGUUCCACGCAGUAUAAGAAAUGGUACUUUGAGAUGAUGGUAGACUACGUGGAACCCUUUGUGACGGCACAGGCCAGCCACCUGCGUGUGGGCUGGGCUAUGACCGAGGGCUACAGCCCCUACCCUGGAGGAGGAGAAGGCUGGGGAGGCAACGGUGUGGGAGAUGACCUCUACUCCUAUGGCUUCGAUGGACUGGAUCUCUGGUCAGGCACCAUACCCCGCCAGGUGGCUUCGCCCAGCGCACACGCCCUGGCUGGAGACGACGUCGUCAGCUGCUGCCUAGAUCUGAGCGUGCCCAGCAUCUCCUUCCGUAUUAACGGCCACCCAGUUCAGGGCAUGUUUGAAAACUUCAAUGUGGACGGCCUCUUCUUCCCUGUCGUCAGCUUCUCUGCUGGAGUCAAGGCUCGGUUCCUCCUUGGCGGACGUCAUGGCGACUUCAAGUUCAUGCCCCCGCCUGGCUACGCCCCGUGCUACGAGGCUCUGCUGCCCAGAGAUCGGAUGCGUAUUGAACCCAUCAAGGAGUACAAGCACGACUUCCAAGGCGUGCGCAACCUGCUGGGUCCCACGCAGUCCCUCAACCACACCUCGUUCACCCCCUGCCCCGUGGACACUGUUCAGAUUGUGUUGCCACCCAACUUGGAGCGCAUUCGAGAGAAGCUGGCAGAGAAUAUCCACGAGCUCUGGGCUGUCACCCGUAUUGAACAGGGCUGGACCUACGGGGGCUUCAGAGAUGACAAUAAGAAACUUCAUCCUUGUCUGGUGGACUUCCAGAGUCUCCCUGAACCAGAGAGGAACUACAACCUGCAGAUGUCUGGCGAGACUCUCAAGACUCUCCUGGCGCUGGGUUGCCACGUCGGUAUGGGUGAUGAGAAAGCAGAGGAGAAUCUCAAGAAGAUCAAGCUGCCCAAGACUUAUGUGAUGAGCAAUGCAUUCAAGCCUGCCCCCCUUGACCUCAACCAUGUCAAACUGACACCAAACCAGGACCAGCUUGUAGAAAAACUGGCAGAAAAUGGACACAACGUUUGGGCAAGGGACCGGGUACGACAAGGAUGGACCUACAGUAUAGUUCAGGACAUCAUGAAUAAGCGAAACCCUCGUCUGGUACCGUACAACCUGCUGGACGAGAAAACAAAGAAAACCAACCGAGACAGCGUCAACAACGCUGUCCGCACCCUCAUCGGCUACGGCUACAACAUCGAGCCUCCGGAUCAGGAGAGCACCAGCCAUGGCCUGGAGAACACCCGCGGGGACAAGGUGCGGAUCUUCAGGGCAGAGAGGUCGUACACCAUCACCCAAGGGAAGUGGUACUUUGAGUUCGAGGCUGUGACCACAGGGGAGAUGCGAGUGGGCUGGGCACGGCCGAGUGUCCGCUCUGACACUGAACUGGGAGCAGAUGAACUGGCCUACGUCUUUAACGGCAACACGGCUCAAAGAUGGCAUGUUGGCAAUGAACCCUUUGGUCGCCAGUGGCUUUCUGGCGAUGUCGUCGGCUGUAUGAUUGACCUGACUGAGAUGAACAUCAUGUUCACACUCAACGGAGAAAUGCUGAUCAGUGACUCGGGCUCGGAGAUAGCGUUCAAAGACAUUGAAAUUGGUGAAGGUUUUAUUCCGGUGUGUACCCUGGGCCUGUCUCAGGUUGGAAGGAUUAACCUCGGGCAGAACGUCAGCAGCCUGCGCUACUUUGCCAUCUGUGGCCUGCAGGAAGGAUUCGAACCUUUUGCCAUCAACAUGAAGCGAGACAUUACCAUGUGGUUCAGUAAAAGUUUGCCCCAGUUCGUGCCCUUACCCACUGAUCACAAACAUAUUGAGGUCUCCCGUGUGGACGGGACUGUGGACACCGCCCCAUGCCUGAAGCUGACUCACAGGACCUUUGGCUCGCAGAAUGCCAACACGGAUAUGAUGUUCCUCCGACUCAGCAUGCCCGUCCAGUUCCACGAGACCUUCAAGUACCCGGCAGGCACGACUCCUCUCACCCAUGCCCUCACCAUCCCCGAGGAGGAAGUGGUAGUGGUGGAGCCCGACUCCGAGUUUGAGGUUCUGAAGAAGUCGGCCACCCGCAAAGAGCAGGACGAUGACAAGAUGGAGCCGUCCGUACCGAAGGAGCUCUCUGUGGACAAUGAGAAGGACACAGUGUCAGAAAAGGGAAAGAAAAAAGGAUUCUUCGCCAAGGCCAAGAAGGUUGCCAUGACGCCUCUUGCCCCUCCUCCUGCUCCUCCGAUGGUGCCACGUUUGGUGGAGGAUGUGGUCCCUGACGACAGAGAUGACCCUGAGUUCGUCCUGAACAACACCACUUAUUACUACUCGGUGAGGAUCUUUGCUGGGCAGGAGCCGUCCGGUGUUUGGGUUGGCUGGGUCACUCCUGACUACCAUCAGUAUGAUCCGACCUUUGACCUCUCCAAAGUGCGCAGUGUCACCGUUACUGUUGGAGAUGACAAAGGCAACAUCCAUGACAGUAUGAAGCACAGUAACUGUUACAUGGUGUGGGGCGGGGACCUGGUCAGCAAUCAGCAGACCCGCUUCAGCCAGGAGGACAUGGUGAUUGGCUGCUUGGUCGACCUGGCAACAGGCCUUAUGACUUUUACAGCCAACGGAAAAGAGAUUAACGCCUUCUACCAGGUGGAGCCCAACACCAAGCUGUUCCCUGCCGUCUUCAUUCAGCCCUCCAAUCAGAACCUGGUGCAGCUGGAGUUGGGCAAACUCAAGAACAUCAUGCCCAUCUCGGCCGCAAUGUUCCACAGCGAGCGCAACAACCCGGUCCCCCAGUGCCCUCCCAGGCUGGAUGUCCAGAUGCUGACCCCGGUUAUCUGGAGUCGUAUGCCCAAUCACUUCCUCAACCCGGAGGUGGGCAAAGUGAGCGAGAGGUUGGGCUGGAUGGUGGAGUGCACUGAGCCUCUCAUCAUGAUGGCUUUGCACAUCCCAGAGGAGAACAGGUGUAUUGACAUCCUGGAGCUGUCGGAGCGUCAGGAUUUGAUGAAGUUCCACUACCACACCCUCAUGCUCUACUGCGCCGUGUGUGCUCUCGGCAACAACCGGGUGGCCCACGCCCUGUGCAGCCACGUGGAUGAGUCCCAGCUUUUCUACUCCACCGAGAACACGUACCUGCCCGGUCCUCUCCGCAGCGGCUACUACGAUCUGCUCAUCAGCAUUCACCUGGAGUCUGCCAAGCGGGCACGGCUGGGCACCAACAGGGAGUUUAUCGUCCCCAUGUCUGCGGAGACGCUCAGCAUCCACCUCUACCCCGAUGCAAAGAAGGCCCACUCUCUCCCCGGCGUUGGCCUAACCACCUGCUUGCGGCCCAAGCUGCAUUUCUCCUCCAUCAACUUUGUUGGCACUGACGCUAACUUGUACACCAUGAGUCCCGUUUUCCCCUUGCAGGAGCUGAAGACCAGGGCGAUUAGCAUGUUAACAGAGGCUGUGCUGGAUGGGAGCCAGGCCAUGAGGGAUCCAGUAGGAGGCAGCGUGGAGUUCCACUUUGUCCCAAUCCUGAAGCUGAUCAGUACACUACUCAUGAUGGGCAUCUUCAACGAUGAGGACACGAAGCACAUCCUCAAGAUGAUCGAUCCACAUGUUUUCAGUGGAAAGAAGGAGGAGAAGGAGGAGAAGGAGAAAGCUGAGGAAGUUGGAGCUGCUGAGAAAGCAAAGGAGGGAGAGGAAAGGAAGGAGAAAGUUGAGAAAGAUCUUGAGGACGAAGGGGUCGGUGAUGAGGAAGAGGAGAUUAAAGAUUUGGGAGGAGAGCAUAAGGCGGAAGAUGCUGAGUUUAAGGAGGAGGGAGAGGUGGAGGAGAAGGAGGAGGGAGAGGCCAAAGGAGUAAAGGUGGAUGGAGAGAAGGCAAAGGAGGAGAAGGAGGCCGAGGCAGUGGAGGUAGAAGUGAAAGAUGAAGAGGAGGGUCUGGAGGAGGGAUUGCUUCAGAUGAAGCUACCAGAGUCUGUCAAACUGCAGAUGUGCACACUGCUGCAGUACUUCUGCGACUGCGAGCUGCGACACAGAGUGGAGGGCAUCGUGGCCUAUUCCGACCAGUUUGUCAACGCUAUUCAGAAGAACCAACGCGUACGCUACAACCUGUUAAUGAGAGCCUUCACCAUGUCGGCUGCUGAGACCGCACGCAAGACCCGCGAGUUCCGGUCCCCACCACAUGACCAGGUCGUCUUUCUGACCAAAUUCAAGCACAGUCCAGAUGAUGAGAACAGUCCAGUGCCCGAGGAGGUGCGGGACACUCUGGUAGAGUUUCACAAUGACCUCCUGCUUCACUGCGGUAUACAUAUCGAGGUGGAGGCGAAGGAGGAGGAGGUGGACACCUCGCUGAGGGGCAGACUCAUCAGUCUAGCCGAAAAGAUCAAGAGCUUGCGCAAGAAGAAGGAGGAGGAGGAGAAGCCAGAGGUCGAGGAGGAAGUAAAGCCCAGCAGCCUUCAGGAGCUGAUCUCCCACACCAUGAUCCACUGGGCCCAGGAGGCGUUCAUUCAGAACCCUGAGCUGGUGCGCUUGAUGUUCAGCCUGCUCCACCGGCAGUACGACGGCCUCGGCGAGCUGAUCCGAGCGUUGCCCAAAGCCUACGCCAUCAACGCCGUGUCCGUCCAGGACAGCAUGGACCUCCUCGAGUGCUUGGGACAGAUCCGUUCGCUGCUCAUCGUCCAGAUGGGCCCAGAGGAGGAGCGGCUCAUGAUCCAGAGCAUUGGGAACAUUAUGAACAACAAGGUGUUCUACCAACACCCCAAUCUGAUGAGAGCUCUUGGUAUGCACGAGACUGUCAUGGAAGUGAUGGUCAAUGUGCUGGGCGGAGGAGGAGACUCCAAGGAGAUUCGAUUCCCCCAAAUGGUGACCAACUGCUGCCGUUUCCUUUGCUAUUUCUGUCGCAUCAGCCGACAGAACCAGCGCUCCAUGUUUGACCAUCUGAGCUACCUGCUGCAGAACAGCGGCAUUGGCUUGGGCAUGCGGGGGUCCACACCUCUGGAUGUGGCUGCGGCUUCUUGCAUUGACAACAAUGAGCUGGCCUUGGCUCUCCAAGAGCAGGACCUGGAAAUGGUGGUGAUGUACCUGGCGGGCUGCGGUCUCCAGAUGUGUCCAAUGCUCCUCUCUAAGGGCUACCCUGACAUCGGCUGGAACCCCUGUGGAGGAGAGAAAUACCUCGACUUCCUCCGCUUUGCUGUCUUUGUUAACGGGGAGAGCGUGGAAGAGAACGCCAACGUGGUGGUGCGUCUGCUCAUCCGGCGGCCCGAGUGCUUCGGCCCGGCCCUGAGAGGAGAGGGCGGGAAUGGUCUGCUGGCUGCCAUGGAGGAGGCCAUCAAGAUCUCAGAGGAUCCAGCGAGGGAUGGACCCACGGUCAAGAAAGACAGGCGCUUCAUGUUCGGAGGUGAGGAACAGCACGAGGAGAACCGUAUACAUCUGGGAAAUGCAAUCAUGUCCUUCUACUCAGCCCUCAUCGAUCUGCUGGGUCGCUGCGCCCCUGAGAUGCACCUGAUCCAAGCAGGCAAGGGUGAAGCUCUCAGGAUCAGGGCCAUCCUGAGGUCUCUGGUUCCCAUAGAGGAUCUGGUGGGAGUCAUCAGCCUGUCCGUCCAGAUUCCUGCAUACGGGAAAGCCACAGAUGGGCAGAUCCUUGAGCCGAAGAUGUCCGCCAGUUUUUUGCCAGACCACAAGGCCUCCAUGGUGCUGUUCCUCGACAGAGUGUACUGCAUCGACAACCAGGACUUCUUGCUUCAUGUGCUCGAGGUCGGCUUCCUGCCUGACAUGAGAGCUGCAGCCUCUCUGGACACGGGGUCAUUCAGUACAACUGAAAUGGCUCUGGCGCUGAACCGCUACCUCUGUUCGGCUGUGCUGCCUCUGCUCACCAAGUGUGCCCCGUUGUUUGCUGGGACGGAGCACCGGGCCAUCAUGAUCGACUCCAUGCUCCACACCAUCUACCGCCUGUCCCGCGGCCGAGCCCUCACCAAGGCUCAGAGGGACGUCAUCGAGGAGUGCCUCAUGUCGCUCUGCAAGUACCUCCGACCCUCCAUGCUGCAGCAUCUGCUGAGGCGGCUGGUGUUUGAUGUGCCCAUCCUCAACGAAUAUGCAAAGAUGCCUCUUAAGCUGUUGACCAAUCAUUACGAGCGCUGCUGGAAGUACUACUGCUUGCCUAACGGAUGGGGUAAUUUCGGGGUGACCACAGAGGAGGAGCUACAUCUGUCUCGUAAACUCUUUUGGGGAAUCGUGGAAUCUCUGGCGCACAAGAAAUACGACGCAGAGCUCUUCAAGAUCGCCAUGCCGUGCCUCUGUGCUAUAGGAGGAGCCAUCCCGCCCGACUAUGUGGACGCCACCUACUCUCACGUGGAGAAGAAAGCCUCUGUGGAUGCUGAAGGCAACUUUGACCCCAAACCAGUGGAGACCACCAACACCAUCAUCCCAGAGAGGCUGGAUGCCUUCAUUAACAAGUUUGCAGAGCACACGCAUGACAGAUGGGCCUUUGAGAAGAUUCAGAACAACUGGACCUACGGAGAGAUGUUGGAUGAGAACGCAAAGUCUCACCCAAUGCUGCGGCCCUACAAAACCUUCUCUGAAAAGGACAAGGAGAUUUAUCGUUGGCCCAUCAAAGAGUCCACCAAAGCCAUGCUGGCUUGGGAGUGGACCUUGGAUAAAGCCAGGGACGGGGAGGUGGAAGUGGAGAAGAAGGCCGCCACACGCAAGAUCUCCCAAACUGCUCAGGCCACUUAUGAUCCCAGUCACGGCUACAACCCUCAGCCAAUCGAUAUCGCAGGAAUGACCCUGUCCAGAGAGCUGCUGUCUAUGGCCGAGCAGCUGGCUGAGAACUACCAUAACACCUGGGGCAGGAAGAAGAAGCUGGAGCUUCAGGCCAAAGGUGCUGGCACCCAUCCUCUGCUCGUGCCGUAUGACACCCUGACGGCCAAGGAGAAGGCCAGGGACAGGGAGAAGGCCCAGGACCUGCUCAAGUUCCUUCAGCUCAAUGGAUAUGCUGUGACAAGGGGACUGAAGGACAUGGAGCAGGACAUUUCCUCCAUUGAGAAGCGUUUCGCCUACGGCUUCCUCCAGAAGCUUCUUAAAUGGAUGGACAUCGCCCAGGAGUUCAUUGCUCAUCUCGAGGCUGUGGUCAGCAGUGGAAGAGUGGAGAAGUCGCCACAUGAACAAGAGAUCAAAUUCUUUGCCAAGAUCCUCUUGCCGCUCAUCAAUCAAUACUUCAAGAACCACUGCCUUUACUUCCUCUCCACUCCCGCUAAAGUCUUGGGGAGUGGAGGGCUUUCCUCCAACAAGGAGAAGGAGAUGAUUGCAAGUAUCUUCUGUAAAUUGGCUGCUUUGGUGAGGAACAGAAUUUCUCUUUUUGGAACGGAUGCAGGCGCAGUCGUGAACUGUUUGCACAUCCUCUCACGCUCGCUGGAUGCCAGGACUGUUAUGAAAUCGGGCCCUGAGAUUGUGAAGGCCGUCCUGCGCCAGUUCUUUGAGAGUGCUGCCGAUGACAUUGAGAAGAUGGUCGAGAAUCUGAAACUGGGCAAAGUGUCCAGUCGGAACCAGGUUAAGGGUGUGUCCCAGAACAUCAGCUACACCACCAAUGCCCUGCUGCCAGUCCUCACAUCACUGUUCGACCACAUCGCCCAGCACCAGUUUGGGGAUGACGUCAUGUUGGACGACCUGCAAAUAUCCUGCUACCGUUUGAUGUGCAGUAUCUACUCUCUGGGCACAGUGAAGACUCCACAUGUGGAUAAACAGCGGCCAGCUCUUGGCGAGUGUCUGGCCCACUUAGCAGCAGCUAUGCCGGUGGCCUUCCUUGAGCCAUCGCUGAAUGAGUUCAACAUGUUUUCUGUAUAUACCACCAAGACUCCCAGAGAGAGAACCAUUCUGGGUCUUCCCAACCAAGUGGAGGAGCUAUGCACGGACAUCCCAGAGCUGGAGGUCCUGAUGAAGGAGAUCCACAACCUGGCUGAGUCCGGGGCUCGCUACAAAGAAAUGCCCCACGUGAUUGAGAUCACCUUGCCCAUGUUGUGCAACUACCUCCCCCGCUGGUGGGAGAGGGGCCUGGAGAACUUCCCUGAAAUGGAGGACCAGCUGUGCACAUCCGUCACCUCCGAGCAGCUGAACCAGCUGCUGGGGAGCAUCAUGAAGAUUGUGGUUAACAACCUGGGCAUAGACGAGGCCUCCUGGAUGAAGAGGUUGGCAGUGUUCGCCCAGCCCAUUGUCAGCCGGGCGAAACCGGAGAUGCUUAAAUCCCACUUCAUCCCCACCAUGGAAAAGCUGAAGAAGCGCACAGGCAAGGUGGUGGCGGAGGAGGAUCAGCUGCGCAUGGAGGGCAAGAUAGAGGACAACGAAAACGGGACCAUCAGGGACGAGUUCGCUGUGCUGUGUCGGGACCUGUAUGCUCUCUACCCCUUGGUCAUCCGCUACGUGGACAAUAACAGAGCAAGGUGGUUGACCUGUCCAGACCCAGAUGCAGAGGAGCUUUUCAGGCUGGUGGGAGAGGUCUUCAUUUUCUGGUCCAAAUCUCACAACUUUAAGAGGGAGGAGCAGAACUUUGUGGUGAUGAAUGAGAUCAACAACAUGUCCUUCCUGACUGCCGACAGUAAGAGCAAGAUGAGCAUGGCCGGAGAUGGAGAGUCUGGAGGCUCAGAGCAAGAGCGUACCAAGAAGAAGCGGCGUGGGGAUCGCUACUCCGUGCAGACUUCUCUUAUCGUUGCAGCGUUAAAGAAGUUGCUUCCUAUCGGCCUCAACAUGUGCUCUCCUGCUGACCAGGAGCUCAUCAACCUCGCCAAGAUCAGAUACUCACUGAGAGACACAGAUGAAGAGGUGAGGGAGUUCUUGCACAACAAUCUGCAUCUGCAAGGCAAGGUGGAGGACCCUGCUAUGCGCUGGCAGAUGUCCUUGUAUAAGGAGUUAUCCGGAAAGGCUGAGGAUGCUGAGGAUCCUGAGAAGGUGGUAAAGAGGGUUCAAGAGGUGUCUGCUGUCCUUUACCACAUUGAGGUGACUGAGCAUCCCUUCAAGUCGAAGACAAUGGUGUGGCACAAACUGCUGUCCAAACAGCGCCGCAGGGCCGUGGUGGCCUGUUUCAGGAUGACGCCCCUUUACAACGUCCCCGCGCACAGGGCAACCAACAUGUUCUUGGACGCCUACAAACGCAACUGGCUAGAGACUGAAGGUUACUUAUUUGAGGACAAGAUGAUUGACGACUUGUCAAAAGCCAUGGAGGUAGAAGAGGAAGAGGAAGAGGAGACCGAGACGAAGCCGGACCCCCUUCAUCAGCUGAUUCUUCAUUUCAGCCGCACAGCUCUCACAGAGAAGAUGAAACUUGACGUUGACCAUCUCUAUAUGUCUUAUGCUGAUAUUAUGGCAAAGAGCUGCCACAUGUGUGAGGAGAAUGAAGGGGGAAAUCAGGAGGGGGACGAGCCAUCCUUUGAGGUGCGACAGACAGAGAUGGACAAGGAGAUGGAGAAACAGAGGCUUCUGUACCAGCAGUCGCGCCUGCACAACCGCGGGGCAGCAGAGAUGGUGCUGCAGAUGAUCAGUGCCUGUAAAGGUGUACCUGGAGUCAUGGUUUCUUCCACACUCAAACUGGGAAUCUCCAUCCUCAAUGGAGGCAACUCUGCUGUACAGCAGAGAAUGCUGGACUAUCUGAAGGAUAAGAAGGAGGUGGGAUUCUUCCUGAGCGUGCAGGCUCUGAUGCAGACCUGCAGCGUUUUGGACUUGAAUGCCUUUGAGAGACAAAACAAGGCCGAGGGACUUGGGAUGGUUUCAGAGGAAGGCACGAACGAGAAAGUGAUGUCGGACGAUGAAUUUACGUGCGACCUCCUACGCUUCCUGCAGCUUCUUUGUGAGGGCCAUAAUAAUGAUUUCCAGAACUACUUGAGAACUCAGACCGGCAGCACCACUACAAUCAACAUCAUCAUCUGCACUGUGGACUACUUGCUGCGACUUCAGGAGUCGAUCAGUGACUUUUACUGGUACUACUCUGGAAAAGACAUUAUUGAUGUACCCGGAAAGAGGAAUUUCUCCAAAGCAAUGACAGUGGCCAAGCAGGUCUUCAACAGCUUGACUGAGUACAUCCAGGGUCCCUGUACUGGGAACCAGCAGUCUCUGGCCCACAGCAGGUUGUGGGACGCUGUCGUUGGCUUCCUGCACGUCUUCGCUCACAUGAUGAUGAAACUUGCUCAGGACUCCAGCCAAAUUGGACUGUUGAAGGAGCUCUUGGAUCUGCAGAAGGACAUGGUGGUGAUGCUUCUGUCUCUGCUUGAGGGCAACGUUGUGAACGGCACCAUCGCCCGGCAGAUGGUGGACAUGCUGGUGGAGUCCUCCAGCAACGUGGAGAUGAUCCUCAAGUUCUUCGACAUGUUCCUCAAGCUCAAGGACAUAGUGGCGUCCGACGCCUUCCGGGACUACGUGACCGACCCCCGAGGGCUAAUCUCCAAGAAGGACUUCUCCAAGGCCAUGGACAGCCAGAAGCAGUACUCUCCCUCAGAAAUCCAGUUCCUCCUCUCCUGCUCGGAGGCCGACGAGAACGAGAUGAUCAACUUUCAGGAAUUUGCCGAUCGUUUCCAAGAGCCGGCCAAAGACAUCGGCUUCAAUAUCGCCGUCCUGCUCACGAACCUGUCGGAGCACGUGCCCCACGACACUCGCCUUCAGAACUUCCUGGGGCAGGCCGAGAGCGUGCUCAACUACUUCCGCCCUUUCCUCGGCCGCAUUGAGAUCAUGGGAGCCAGCAGGAAGAUCGAGCGCAUCUACUUUGAAAUCAGCGCGGCGAACCGCAACCAGUGGGAAAUGCCGCAGGUCCGAGAGUCCAAGCGACAGUUCAUCUUCGACGUGGUCAACGAAAUCGGGGAGAGCGAGAAGAUGGAGAUGUUUGUGAACUUCUGCGAGGACACCAUCUUUGAGAUGAACAUCGCCGCGUCGAUCUCCGAGCCCGAGGGAGACGGGGCAGAACAGGACGACGACGAGGAGGAAGAGGAGGGCGGCGGAGAUCAGGUCGAGGCUCCGGAGGGCGAUGAAGAAAACGGAGAAAAAGCAGCUCCAGUGCCCGCCUCAGCCUUUGCGGACUUCCUGAAGAGCGUGGGCGACUUCUUCAACAUGUUCACCUUCCGUAACCUGCGGCGUCGCUACCGCAAACUACGAAAGAUGACCGUGAAGGAGAUGGUGAUCGGCCUGGCCACGUUCAUCUUCACGGUCGUGAUGGGCAUCCUGAUGUUCGCGUACGGCAUAUGCAAGGGCUUCUUCACGCUCAUAUGGAAGAUGCUGUUCGGCGGAGGCUUAGUGGAGGGCGCCAAGCAGAUGACGGUGACGGAGAUCCUGGCCAGCAUGCCAGAUCCCACGCAGGACGAAGUUCACGGGGACCUGCCACCCGAACCGGGGGCUGAAGAGAUACAAGACGCAGACGGAGUGUCGGACCUCUCGGAUGUUGUGGGGGGAGAGGAGGAGGAGGAGGACAGCGAGGAGAGAGGAGAAGGUGGGCGCCUGCCCGGUUUCAGCGCUCCCGGAGGACUCGGAGACUUUGGCGAGACGACAACAGAGGAGCCUCCGACUCCCGAGGGCACGCCGCUGCUGAAGAGGAAAUUGUUGGAAACCGUGGUGGGAGAACCAGGGGAGGAACAGAAACCCGUUCAGCCUGAAGAAGAGGCUCCUCGGGAGACCGAGAAAGCAGACACCGAGAAUGGAGAGAAGGAAAAGGAAGAGAAGGCCGAGCCUGAACCCGAGGUAAAGGAGGAGGAGCCCGAGGUGAAAGAGGAACAGACAGUGAAGACAAAGGCGAAGAAGGACAAGAAGGUGGCUGAGGGGGGCUCCGAGCUGUGGAAUGAGUUGGAGGUUCAGAGGAUUAAAUAUAUGAACUACCUUUCUCGCAACUUCUACAAUCUUCGGUUCUUGGCCCUGUUUAUCUCCUUCGCUCUCAAUUUCAUCCUGCUCUUCUACAAGGUGUCUGAAAGUCCUCCAGGCGAGGAGGACCCGUCUGAGGGUUCUGGUCUGUUUGAGGGUUCUGGCCUGUUUGAGGGCUCUGGUCUGUUUGAGGGCUCCGGUGCCGAGGAGGACGGGUCUGGAUUAGAUGUCGGAGGAGGAGAAGAUGAUGAAGAGGAGGGUACCUUGUACUACUUCCUGGAAGAGAGCACAGGCUACAUGAAGCCGGCCAUGGCUUUCUUCGGCUUCAUCCACACUCUCAUCGCCGUCCUCUGCAUCAUCGGCUACAACUGCCUCAAGGUCCCUCUGGUUAUCUUCAAGAGAGAGAAGGAGCUGGCCAGAAAGCUGGAGUUUAAUGGUGUCUUCGUCACUGAGCAGCCUGAGGAUGACGACAUCAAGGGCCAGUGGGACCGACUGGUGCUCAACACUCCAUCUUUCCCGAACAAUUACUGGGACAAGUUUGUGAAAAGAAAGGUGCUGGAUAAAUAUGGCGACAUCUACGGCAGAGAGAGGAUUGCGGAGCUGCUCGGUAUGGACUUGGCUUCUUUGGACGUCAGCGCCAUGACUCAUGAGAAGAAGCCUGAGCCAGACACCUCCAUGUUGAGCUGGGUCACGGCUAUUGACAUCAAGUACCAGAUCUGGAAGUUUGGUGUUAUUUUCACUGACAACACCUUCCUCUACCUCGUCUGGUACAUGUUGACGUCUCUGCUCGGACACUACAACAACUUCUUCUACGCCGCUCUUCUUCUGGACAUCGCCAUGGGGGUCAAAACCCUGCGCACCAUUCUGUCCUCCGUUACGCACAACGGCAAACAGCUGAUGAUGACGGUGGGUUUGCUGGCCGUGGUGGUGUACCUGUACACCGUGGUGGCGUUUAACUUCUUCCGCAAGUUCUACAACAUGAGCGAGGACGAGGACGAGCCGGACAUGAAGUGUGACGACAUGAUGACGUGUUACCUGUUCCACAUGUACGUUGGCGUGCGCGCCGGUGGUGGCAUCGGAGAUGAAAUUGAGGACCCGGCCGGUGAUGAAUACGAGCUCUACCGAGUGGUCUUUGACAUCACCUUCUUCUUCUUCGUCAUCGUCAUCCUGCUGGCUAUCAUCCAGGGUUUGAUCAUCGACGCCUUUGGAGAGCUGAGAGACCAGCAGGAGCAGGUCAGGGAGGACAUGGAGACUAAGUGCUUCAUCUGUGGAAUUGGAAGCGACUACUUUGACACGACGCCGCACGGCUUCGAGACGCACACCUUGGAGGAGCAUAACUUAGCCAACUACAUGUUCUUCUUGAUGUAUCUCAUAAAUAAAGAUGAAACGGAGCACACAGGACAGGAGUCCUACGUGUGGAAGCUGUACCAGGAGCGAUGCUGGGACUUCUACCCUGCUGGAGACUGCUUCCGGAAGCAGUAUGAGGAUCAGCUCAUCGGAUAGCCUCCUGCACCCUUAACGUCUGAGGGAGGAGGAGAGGAGAGGAGGGAGGAGGGGAAGAUAAAAAAAUGUAGACUCUGAACACGUCUAUUUUCUUAGUUUCUCCUAACUUGAAGCGAUGCACUCUCUGACUGCACUGCUGUACCACCGGCAGCUCAAUGAGGAUGAGAGAGAAUUGAGAAGAGCAGAAGAAUAAAAUGACCGGGGCCUUUUUAUCGCGCUAUGAAAACAUGACAUGGCCUUUUUGGUGUGACAUAAACAUAGACUGCCUUGCGUAGCAGUGCAUUUAUACAAAACGGGCUCUUUCAGUCGCUACUGCUGUAAAUGUUUUAGUGCCUAUAGCAAUGUCACUGCUUUUUAGCUUAAACACUUUCAUUUGAGAUUAGAGUAGAUAUAUUUUAUUUAUAUUUGUACGGUUGGGAGAUUUUCUUUUAUUUCUUGGAUGUGGCUGCUGCCUUUUUCGAUAUUUCCUUUCUGGAGUUUCGAUGAGAGCGAGUGUUUUGAAACCGAAAAAUGUAGCUGCUCAAAGUCGUAUGUCAGAGAUCCUCGAGGGAGCAGUGAAGGUUUUAGGCCUUCUCUUGCUUCCUGUUCUUCUUUUCUCUGCCUCACGAAAGAAAACUCAUCUACAAACAAGCGAUCGUGAACGGAAACUCGCCGAGAUAAUAAAGUGUAUGAAGCGGCUGUCUAGACAAACCCAGUUUGCACUCUGAAGUCUUACAUUGUCGUCCCCGAUCCGCUGGUGUCUCUGUGCCACAUGCGGUCUGAUGAUGGACACACACGCAGUGGAGGAGGAGGCCAGGGGUAUUUAUUUCUUGUUUUUAUGCAGAUCAGAUCUUCUGAAGACGACCGUUUUAGCCCGUCUGUAUUUCUGGCCAACAGUCUGUUUUAUGACACUUUAUGCACAAAUAGGUUUUUAUCUGUGCAUUGGAAUAACUAGUGAAUGUAUUUAAUGUGUACACCUUGGCCACCGCGUCAUGUGUAUAACGGAUCAACGUCUGGGCUGCUUCGAGGCCUUUUAUCGAAGAGACGUAUUUUACAUAAAUCAUAGAUACAUAUAUUUAUUUUUCUUUGAGGAAUGUGAGCAAUCGUUCUUCUCCUUCGGACUUGAACACGUGCCGCUGAUGGAGGAAAGACUCGCUCUCACACUGAAGUUAAUGCCCAGUUGGCAGUCAGAAGAGCACAUUUUGGUUAUGCGAGUUAGGUUUUUAUGAUAGAUCGGUUCUUUUCUCCAAGUCACUUGCGAUGCUUCGAUCUCCGCUCCACACUUAUUUUACAGGCCACGUACAAACUCUCCAUCUCACAUCGAAUGUCUCGACCCACUUGGUCAGAGGCAGAGCAGUUUUUUGAGGUGCGUACCUGCUGCUGUGGUCCAGGCGGAGGCCGCUGACUGGAGAUGUCUCCUUCCCACCCGACUGAGUGUCCUCUGACUGAACCCUGUGUUUCAAUACAGAAUAAACAGAUUAUUUUAAGGACA